AUGGAUAGCGACGGAGAGGAAAACAGCGUCUCCUCCACGCGACGGAUCCCGGAACAAAAGCUGUCCGUGAGUCAUAUCAUUCCCGUCAUAUUCCCGAAUCGGACGGCGGUGCCACAGCAACUAACAGCUCCUGGCCAGUGUGACCAAUGCAGACAACGAAAGAUCAAAUGCGAUCGUGAGGAUCCCUGUGGUCCAUGCCAAAGGAAGCAAAUACCCUGUUCAUACCCAAUUGGCUUCAAGACAAGAGCCAAGCGACACCGUGCUUUGGUGUCUGAUGGCUAUGAAGCCAAGUUGAACGACAUCUCGCAAAAGCUGGAUCAAAUCAGCCUCGCUGUGAACAACAUCACCUCACCUGCUCAUCUCCAUGGAGGCUCAUCAGCCAUCCACACUGCCUUGGCUUCACAUGUGACUCCUCAAUCGUACACAAACUCCCCAUCAGAACCACUAAGAAGCAACGAUGAUGCUUCUUCAGAGUUGGAGGACGAUGUCACACUCACUACCCAAGCGACAUUCGCAACCAACUUUCUACAGCAAUUAGUGGACAGCAGCAAAGGACCGGGCCAAGUACAUGAACUAGAGAAGAACCUAGAUGAGUUGCGAAAGAUCUUGAGCAAAGGGAAUGCUGGGAAUGCAGAUCCUCAACUUGUCAAUACCCAGCAAACUCUUUAUCCUACAGGACAAGGAGGUUAUCAACUUCCCCCGAUUCAUUUAGCUAUGAUGGCUAUACAGAAGCUUAGAGAGUCUCCAAGACUGAGAUGCUUUUGGUGUCUCGAAUUUGAGAGUAUUGGACAGUUUGUUGAGUACUUCAUGACAGUCUACUUUGGCAAACCAACACUCGCCGAUCUUAUCAUCACCCACGCAGGUCUACAACGUCUCUUACUGGAAUGCGACAAGAUUGAACAAGACUCAGCUCUGAAGACCGAGUUCAAGACCCAGGGACUUCUCUGUCGACAGAAUUUGGAAACGAUACUGGCCAGUCUCCCGUUCAAUUUACCAUGCACAGCCGAUUAUGUUCUGGCUCUGUACAUGGCUGCCACGUACUACCUUGACAGAUGUCGCAUAUCGUUAUCAUGGAACUGUCUCGCAGCCUCAGCACAAAUGUGUCAACGACUCGGUCUCAUUCGCGAAACCCUCUCCAAGCCAGAGACACGAGAAGAGAAGCAGCGCAGAGGUAAAAUAGUAUGCUGGAUACACAUGCUGGACAAGAUGCUCUCGAUGCGCCUCAGCCGACCAUCUCUUAUACGCGUUGGCGAAAUCACAUUGAACUUUGAAGCAUUGGAAUAUACUGGAAACGAUGACCUACCGCCGAUGUUGUCGAAAUGGACGAACUUCUGCGAUCUACAAGCAAGAGUCUACGACGAUUUGUAUAGCCCUAGAGCUUUAAUGCAACCGGAUGAUGAGAGAGAGUCUCGAUCGAGAAACCUUGCGGCGGAUCUGAAGAGACUCUACCAUGGUAGAAAUGCAGCAGAGGACCGGUUCAUCGAGACGUCACGAAUCAGUGUUGGGGAGACACUGACUAACCUCUUCCAACGAGCUGACAAGAUCGCAUAUCUGUCGAUGCUCUGUCUUGUUUACCGAGCCAUCAAGCCCAAGCCCACCACCCCUUCCGCCUUCUGUGAUGAGUGUCUCGAAGUAGCCAAGGAGGCACUUGAUGAACACAGGAUAUGCUUGUCUAUCCUACGGGACGCCGAAUCCGGUUUGCUUGAGCAUUACGUGCACUGGGCGUUCAUGGCAGUACCUCUUAUACCAUUUGUGGUACUCUUCUGUCGCGCCAUCGAGACAUGUGAUCCAGCGCACCUGGAGAACCUGGCAGCUGUAGUUGAAACAGCACACAUCACUACAGACCUUCCCGACGUUUACAGGAAGCAGCUACGCUUGUUCAAACUUAUGCACGAUGUAGCUUGCAAGUAUGUAGGUUCCAGAGCAAACAACACAUCGGUUCAUGCAUCAGGUAGAAUACCCGACACGCCUUUUGAGAUGCUUUUCGUUGAGGCGGGUGUUCCUCUCCCAGGGCACAUGAACAUGCCGACAAGUAUGCAGAGCUUCCAGGAUGGAGCGCAGCAUGGUGGUGGUGCAGGCUUUGGGAAUCAGGUAAUGGGUCAGGAUGGGAAUGCGGUAGAGUAUGGGGGUUUUACACAUAGUAUGGAGCUGGGGAAUUGGUUUGAACAGAACCAGGAGAUCUUUAUGAUGUUGGACAAUAAUAUGGAGCAAAACCUGUAG